AUCCCGGUAAAGUGAAGCAAAGUGCCGCGUUUUCUUGAUUGUGUUGUUUUGCUAUAGUAUCUUAAUAUAAUUUGCUAAAACAAUCUGACAGAAAAAUGCAGGCCUUUCUCAAAACUGGGAAAAUAUCAGCAUCAGCUAAGCCGACGCCGUCGGGCACCAAACCAACAAAGAAGAAACCGCCGGCACCAUGGGUCGAGAAAUACCGUCCAAAAACUAUUGAGGACAUCGUAGAUCAGGGCGAGGUAGUUCAAGUGUUGAGAGAAUGCUUGUCGGGCGGUGAUCUGCCGCACCUGCUCUUCUACGGGCCGCCGGGCACGGGCAAGACGAGCGCCAUCCUGGCGGCGGCGCGGCAGCUGUUCGGCGACAUCUCGCGCGACCGCGUCCUGGAGCUGAACGCGUCCGACGAGCGCGGCAUACAGGUCAUCCGGGACAAGGUCAAGUCAUUUGCACAACUCACAGUCAGCGGCACCCGGCCAGAUGGAAGGCCGUGCCCUCCAUACAAGCUGGUGAUACUGGACGAGGCGGACUCCAUGACCACGGCGGCGCAGGCGGCGCUCCGCCGCACCAUGGAGCGCGAGACGCGCACUACUCGCUUCUGUCUAAUCUGCAACUACGUGUCACGUAUCAUCCCGCCGAUCACGAGUCGCUGCUCCAAGUUCCGAUUUAAGCCACUGGCGAGAGAAAAUGUUUUAAUGAGGCUGCGAGAGAUCUGCUCGUCGGAGGGCGUGGAGAUCGGGGACGGGUCGGUGCUGGAGCAGGCGGUGGGCACGUGCGAGGGCGACCUGCGCCGCGCGCUCACCGCGCUGCAGUGCUGCCAGCGCCUGCUCGGGGAGGUCACUGCCGAGGGGCUCGUCGAGGUGACUGGUUUGGUACCGGAGAAACUAGUCAACGAGUACCUGGCUAUCAAGAACUACGGGGAACUGGAACAGUUUGUUGACAAUUUCCUAAUGGAAGCGUAUUCGGCGUCGCAGCUGCUCGAGCAGGCGUCGGCGGCGGUGGUGUGCGCCGGGCACCUGACCAACCGGCAGAAGGUGCGCAUCAGCGAGAAGCUGGCGGGGUGCGCGCACCGCCUGCAGGACGGCGGCGCCGAGGCCAUGCAGCUCACCGACCUGGGCUGCGCCAUCAUCAUGGCCAACAACGACCCCUGAUGCGCAUGCGCCCGUCGUGCGCUCCACUCAUUCAUACUCUGUAACCGUCUCGACUAU